AUGGCGGCCCGUGUGGCCCGUGUGGCUUUUUUGAUCGCAGUGCAGUCCGUCACAGCUUCCGAGGAAACUUUUAAGGCGUUCAUUUCGCGAUAUGGUCGCGAUUAUGAUUCCGGCACCUACCGGGAGCGCUUCCGGUUGUUCGAGAGCCGGGCUGAGGAGGUGCAUCGGUUAAAUGCGAAUCCGAAACGACGCUGGACGGCUGGCUUGGGACCGCUAGCAGAUUACACGGACGAGGAGUUGGCUGAACUUCGUGGCUGGCGAGGCACUGCAACUGCAGAAGGCCCCCAGGCUGCGCAGGCUGCGUUGGUCCAGGUGAAUAGCUUGCCAGAGCAAUUUUUGAACUGGACGACAUUGUCCUCUUUGCAGAACGUCUUUGAUCAGGGCAGCUGCGGCUCCUGCUGGGCCGUCACAAGUGCUGUGGUGCUCAUGGCACAUGCAGAGAUCUACCAAUCACCACAGCGGAGCUUUUCAGUUCAGGAGCUGGUGGACUGCGUGCCAAAUCCCAAUGCCUGCGGGGGCACCGGUGGAUGUUCAGGGGCCACGGUGGAACUGGCGAUGAACUACGCCAUGCACUUGGGCCUUCGGGAAGAAACUCAAAAUCCUUACCGACGCAGAACUGGAAGAUGCGGACUCUCAGGUGGCUCAGGUGGCUCGCUCUCUGCGUUUCAGGCAGAUGGCCAUCGAGAGGAUCUUGGGGAGGAAGCGGUUGACAUUGUGAAUCAAACAGCAGCGCAGAAUUACGAGGAUUUGGCAGCACUGAAGUACUUGCAUGAGCACCAGGACAUGUCUUCAGUGGGUGCUCACCUAGCGGCGAAGGAUUCCUUGGGCUUGCAGAGUGGUCUCAGAGGUUGGCAGCGACUUCCAGUGAACAGCUAUGAGCCGCUGCUCCGUGCGGUCUACGAACGUGGUCCCGUGGGCGUUUCAGUGGCAGCGAGGACCUGGCACCUCUACUCCACUGGUGUCUUCGACUAUUGUGAUCAGGAUGCGGUUAUCGACCAUGCGGUCACCCUCAUUGGCUUCGGACGAGAUGAGAUGAUCUCCGAGAAGUUCUGGCUAAUCCAAAACUCCUGGGGGCAUCGCUGGGGAGAGGGUGGUCGGAUUCGGUUGCUGCGAGAUGAAGAGCAACGGUGCGGCUGGGAUCGACAAGCGCAGAAAGGAACGGCGUGCAAAGGCGACCCAAGCCGCGUUCGUGUCUGUGGAUCCCGCAAGGUCUUUACGAACGACUUUCUAACGCCUUUGAACAUUUUGAACAUCCGUGUUAGGUCAGAGAUGCAGAAGCAGGUUGAGGCUCGGCCUGGGCAUUUGGGCAUUUGGCACGUUUGGCAGGACAAACAAACAGCAAAAGGCAUCCGUGCCGCUCGGCGAGCCAUGACCAGUGAUGAUUCGUUACGAGAUCAGCUAUGUCAAAUAGAACAAAGCUUGGGUGUUUGUCAUGUGGCGGAGGUUCAGGCAUGGCAGGUCAAAGACACCGCAAAGACUGUCGAGAUCCCAAUGCCUGACAGUGCACUGGCUGGAAGUUUAAUUCGAAAAGAUUCGGGCCGAAUUCAACCGCUUCAAGCGCUUCAAGCGCUUCAAGCGAACUCAGCACUUCAAACUCAGCGCUUUGGGCCACAGCCGCAGAUGCUCCAGGUGCCGGCGCCAGGACCGCCACAACCGCCGCCGUCGGGACCGCCGUCGGGACCGCCGUCGGGACCGUCGGGACGGGGUGAAAGUCAUUUGGGCGUCGCUCCUGCACCGUUGGACGCCGGUUUGAUGACGAAGCUGGAUGCUGCCGUGGAUCAGUUGAUCAAGGGCAGCGUUCGUCGUUUCACCGAAGUCAUCGAGUUGGGCCCCGCGACGGGCGCGACGGGCACCACUGGAGUUGCUGGUGCUGUGCUGAAGGUGGCUCCACGGCUGCCGCAGCAACUGGCAGAGAUUCGACAGCAGCUGCGUCAACUCUCAGCGGAUUGCGAUCGUUUGCAGGCUUUAGCCCAGGAGGAUGGGAAUGACGAUGCCAUCGAAAACAUGGAAGCAGAGCAUGCAAACACGAUGUCCACUUGUCCUUGUCUCAUGCUGGGCUUUUUGCUGCGAAGAUGUGGAGUCUAUGGUUUGUAUUUCCACAACGACGAGCAGCGCUUCGUCCUGUCCAUCUCUGUAGAGAGAGAUCGUCACGAGAGUGACGAGAACAAUCAGAAUGAGCCAAAACAGGAGAGGAACAAUCUUCUGGAUGGUCUACGGGAUGGUUUUCGAGCUUCUUCUCAGGUCAUACUGAAGGGUUCCAGCAGGCUCGACACUCGCACUUUAGGCACAGUCUGGACUGAGACUGCAGAGGUCCGCCGUGCUUUGUUGGUGGGUCUGUGUUACCCGGCCACGAAUGCUGCGGCCAAACUUCCAGAACUCCAUGGAUCGUGGAAUGACGUCACGGACAUGCAAGAUUGGCUUCAGUCUGAGAACCUGUUCUCUGCCUCCGAGAUCCGCACGCUGACGGAUCAGCCCGGAAACGAGGGAAACGGCCGCGUGUCCCGAGAGCAGAUUUUGCAGGGCCUGCGAUGGUUACUCCUUGGUGACGGAUCUAGAGGCGAGGCACGGCUUUUGUUUCACUUCUCCGGGCAUGGCGAUGGACUGAAACUCUGUCCCAGCGAGGAAUCGGACCUACCAAUUUCGGACGGGGAACUCUCAGAGAUGAUCAAUGAGUUCCUCCCAGCCAAUGCGACCUUAACCUGCAUCUUCGAUUGUUGCGACGGCACCAAGAUGUUGGACGGGCUGCUGAAACAUCCCAUUGCCUUUGGAACAACAAAGCCUUCCGUACCAGAGGAGCGGCUGAACCAGGUAGCACAAGACCUGGCUGAAAGCGUGAGGAUCACAGAUAUUUUGUCGCAGAAAAUCGAGGCCGUCGAACGGCAGUUUACCCUGGAACUCUCCAGCCACAAAGAGGACGUGGUGCAGAAGCUUCAAGUUGUCCGCGAGGUGCUCCACGUGGAAUUUUGCUCCCGGGAGUACAAGACUAUUCGAUCCAUUUCGAAUGCAGUUUCGCCCAAAGAUGGCGAGGAUCCUGGAGUGAGUCAGGCUCGCCUCGAGGAGAUGAUCGGCACUGCACUGGAGAGGACAGAGCACUUGGAGCAAAGUUUGGUGGCCGUGACCAAUGGGCAUUCAGCAAAGAUCUCCAGCGAGGUCUCAGAUGCCCAUGCUUACCUCCAGGCAGAGAUCAACGACCUAAAGAGUCGCAGCACAAGCUGCGAGACAAGGCUCCUGGAAGAACUGGCUCGUGUGUCGGAGGCAGGUGCUGGCCCAUCGUCAUCUCAACGGACCCACGAGUCUCCACAUGGAAUGCGAGAUUGGAAGCUGAGUCCGAGCUUGCCGAGCUUGCCGAGUCAGAAGAGUCUGAGUCCGAGCUGGCUGGCCACUUCCAGCUACAACAAACUCAUCGCUCACUACAGCAAAGAAAGUGCUUGGACCGUGGCUGGGAAUAUUUUGCAGGAGGCCAAUCAAAGACGGAUUUUUUGUGAUUUAGUCACCUACAAUUCGGUUCUUGCCUUGAAGCAAUGGAAUCGCUCUUUGCAGCUGCUGGAGCAACUGCAUCGAAUUCAACUCGAAUUGGAUUUGAUCAGCCUCAACGCAAGUAUGGCAAGUAUUGGCAGUUGUAUCAGUUGUACGAGCAACUCCGAGCAUUGGCAGAAGAAUCGUGCUUGGCAGCUAGCUUUGCAUUUGGCGUCAGUUGUUCGAGUCAGAAAACUUGAGCCGAACAUCAUCACCAGCAACAGCCUGAUAAUGGCAUCUACGCGAGCUCAAAGAUGGAGGCAAGCGCUGGAAAGCUGGGACGGUCUCUCAGAAAAUCGCUUGGAACCCACUUCAAUGAGCUACACUGCUGCCAUGAACACCUGUGAAGCAGCAGGCAAAUGGCUUCAGGCUCUCGAAUUCCUGCAGGACAUGCAGUGGCGCAACGUCACCCACGUCGUCACGCAUACGGCUGCGAUCAGCGCAUGCGGAAAAUGUGGAGAUUGGCAGGGUGCCUUGUUCCUUCUUUAUGAUAUGGAGUCCUUGCGAAUGCAGCCAACUCUAGUAUCAAUCAAUGCAGCUAUGGAUGCUUGUGCCAUAGGAAACCAGUGGUUAGCAGCGAUGGAAUUGAUGCAGUGGAGUGGAAUGCAAUGGGAUGCCAUCACGUAUAGCUCUGUGAUUUGUGCAUGUGAGUGGACUAGUGCUCUAUCUCAUCUUACUGAAGCACAUUCAAAAACCCUAGCGCAGAUGGUGCUGCAAAACUCGUGCAUUUCUGCUGUACGGGAGCAGUGGCAGCGAAGUGUUCAGUUGCUGCUCGAUGCGUUGCAGUUGGCCUUGGAACCGACACUGAACACUUUGAACGCAGCAAUGGUGGCGUGCGCGGCCGAGUGGCCUCAAUCGUUGCAACUUCUAAGCCAGAUGGGGACGGGGACUCCGCAGAAUUCCGGGAAUCCUUCAAGGUCGAACUCGGAGAUCGUGAAGCUUUUUUCAUAUCUGAAGCCUGAUGCCACAACCUUCACUUCAGUGCUGAUGUCCAACGAUGGCGAUUGGCAACGCGCUGUUCAUCUUUUCAGCAAAUUUCAGAACUUUCAGCCCGAUCUUGUGGCAUACAAUGCCUUAAUGUACGCUUGUGCCAAGGGCUUUCAGUGGGACAAAACCUUGCAAAUUCUGAAUGACCUGAAUGACCUGAACGUCAUAGGGCGUAAAGAAAGCCAUGGAAUGAAUGGAAUGAAUGGAGAUUCCAAUGAGAAGAGCUUUCUCAUAGCCAUGCACGCUUGCAAUCUGUCCAAGAAAUGGCAACACGUUCUUUUGGUCCUUGAGAAGGCCUUGACAAAUCAGAUAGCCACUCCAGCUGUCUACCACGUGGUCAUGGAAGGGAGCAGAGAACAUCCAUGGCAUGUGGUUUUAAGGUUGCUGCAUGAUAUGCGGCUGCGUGGAUUCUUGGACCGUCAGACCGUCAUCUUCGCCAUGAAACAAGUUCUCAUGGACGACGACGAUGAAGGUGAAGCCGCUUGGCUUCAGCACACAGUUCUCAUGCUCCAAAUUCAGAAGGACCUGUACCGGAAGACCUUGACGGCCUUGAAGGCCUUGAACUACCCGAAGGAUCAUGCGUCAGCGUCUCGAGCUAUCGAGGCUUUGAGGAUUUCUGGAGCCAACUUGGCGGUCGGAGUCGCAGAGAAAAGGCAAUGCAGGGACGACCAACGCAACCUGCCGGGAUUCCUGGGAGAUGCAUCUGGUGACAUGGAUAGCAACAGGGUCUCUGCGCUGCGCCCUUUUGAGCAGGUGCGCUCAGUGCCGGCGGCGUUGCGUGGCAUGGUGCAAUCAGCUUUACCACUUCCGCCUGACAUCAAGAAUCGCAAGGCCCUCAUCAUUGGUUGCAGCUAUUUCGAUUCGAAUGCACCUCUGUUGGGUGCAUUCAACGACGCUUGGAACGUCUUGAGUUUGCUGCGGCACACUCUGCAAUUCUCCGAGAGCCAGGUUCGUUUCUUGGUUGAUGGCAGCAAGAAUUGCCCAAUGCCACAGCAGCGAAGACCCACCGCAGCCGUGAUUACCGAGAGUCUGCAAUGGCUCACGCAGGAUGCCGAACCUGGAGACUCGAUCUUCCUGUACUUCUCAGGUUAUGGCCUUCUAUUGCCACAUGGUGUUGGGACCUUUGAGUCGUGCUUGGUUCCCAUUGACUAUGCCGCAAUGGCAUCACAAAAGGAUGACCUUGGAAGCGGCUACAGGCUCAUUUCGCUUAUGGAUGUAUCCAUUGCGCUCUCGAGUCUUCCUGCUGGCUGCAAUGCCACUGUGGUGCUGGAUUGCUGCCAUUCCUCACUGCCAGGUUUAGGAGCCAAGUCCCAGCCGGCCAUCUUCCAGUGGGCUCAAAUGCAGCCCCCGGCCUUCUCUGGUUUGGAGGAGGACUUGCCUGUUGGUCUCCAUCCAAGAGCCCGACGAUUGGUACUUCCCAGUGUUCCACUGGCAGGGCGAACCAUGCAGGCCACCAGCUUCGACUGCUCCUUGACUUGCUUUUCCGCAUGCCAACAGGCUCAAUGGUGUGCAGAACUCCCGAUUGAAGGAGUGAUACAAGGAGCCUUUACCUGGGCCUGGGUCAAAGCAGUGGUGGCGAAUGGUGGCUCUACGUCCCAAAUGAAGGGCUCCAUCGAGGCACACCUUGCUGACUUGCAGAAGCGCUACCGUUGGCUGGACUGGGUCCAAACCACUUAUUCCGCUUACGUUCCACUUACAUAG